AGCCUAGCGGAUCCCCGGCCGUGGCGUCUUUGCAGAACCAUCCGAGUCCGGCCGACCCCGCGCCCGGGGCUGUCGCGGGUGCCGAGCGCGCGCCGCGCCGGGCGCGGGGGGGAGAAGGACGCGCGCCCGAACCCUGCCCUGCGGCGUCUCCCGGGCCGGGGCUAGGGACUCCCGAGGUUCCAGGCAGGCCUGGCCUCGGUGUUUUGGAGUAAACACAGCCUGGUAAAAAAAAUAAACACGCACCCAGGUGUUGGAAAUCAGGUCUGCAUCCUGGCAACUCCUCAUGCCUGUUCCCUGGCCGGAGACGUUUGCGGGGCUUUGUGGCCCUCUCUCCAGCCCUGAACGCGUAGGCCACGGGAGCCCGAGACGCUCCGGGUACCUGUCUGUCUUUGUGGGCGCAGGGAGGGAGCGCCGAUGGCCUCUUGCUGGCCUGCUCUCUGCCAUUACAUAAGGAUGCGCUCCUCCUGCCCAUAGUUCAUCCAUCAUGACAGAUGAUGAAAAUAUUCCCCUGGCGAGGAGGAGGGGAUGGGCGGUGGAGAAGCCCGUGUUCUGUUGCUUUGCUGGUCCCCGUGUUUUGUGUCUGGUGGCUGCCGUAGAAUUUGAUUUGUCACCUGCCCAUUAUAAUGGGAUAGGGGGUGGGGUGGUGGUGUGGAUGUUGACAUGAAAUUCUGCCUCCUCCCUCCCCGUGUUCACAGUGAGUUGUGUGCACUUGCUAACCUUAGGCGUCAGGGUUCUCAGCUCCAAAAGGCAAGAACAGAACCUUCUUGGCUGAGUUUGUUUUUGGAAUCUACAUGCUCUUGGCCUUGGGCAGUACACACACAAUAGCUAUAGGUUGUCCUAGACUUAAGCUUGAUUUGUCUUCGGUUGAGAACAGGCUUUCUGCAACAGGAAUUUUGUGUUCGGCUGUGGGCUGGGGCCUGUGUCUGGGGAAUGCUUUGCUGAAAUGUUUCUUCCUCGAAGAUUGACUGGCUUCUUUGAAGAAAGAUGAUGGAUUUGGAUGUACUUCUUUGAAGAAAUGCCACAUGGUCCAAGGAGAAACAUGUCCUGGUUUGCCGCCUUAGGCGACUAGGGCCUGGUGCCAGCGCUCCCCGCCCGGGAAUCAGGCACGGUGUGACCCAGGAACAAGAAGCACAUCCUCACCAAUGACAUCAUGACAGCAAGAGAGCACAGCCCUCGCCAUGGCGCCAGGGCCCGUGCGAUGCAGCGGGCUUCCACCAUCGAUGUGGCAGCCGACAUGCUGGGCCUCUCUCUGGCAGGAAACAUACAGGAUCCAGAUGAGCCCAUUUUAGAAUUCAGUUUAGCUUGCAGUGAGUUGCAUACGCCUUCGCUAGAUCGAAAACCAAAUAGUUUUGUAGCAGUGAGCGUCACCACCCCUCCUCAGGCCUUCUGGACAAAGCACGCACAGACGGAGAUCAUUGAGGGAACCAACAAUCCUAUAUUCCUGAGCAGCAUUGCCUUCUUUCAAGACUCUCUUAUCAAUCAGAUGACACAGAUCAAGCUCUCCGUGUAUGACGUCAAAGAUAGAUCUCAGGGAACAAUGUAUUUACUGGGCUCUGGAACGUUCAUUGUCAAAGACCUGCUGCAAGAUAGGCAUCAUAGGUUGCAUUUAACACUAAGGUCUGCAGAGAGCGACCGUGUGGGUAACAUCACUGUGAUCGGCUGGCAGAUGGAGGAGAAGUCAGACCAGCGGCCCCCUGUGACCCGGUCUCUGGACACUGUCAAUGGGAGGAUGGUUCUGCCUGUGGAUGAGAGCCUGACUGAGGCGUUGGGAAUCCGAUCCAAAUAUGCUUCACUGCGAAAAGACACUUUACUGAAGUCAGUGUUCGGCGGUGCCGUCUGCCGCAUGUAUCGGUUCCCAACCACCGACGGCAACCACCUACGGAUCCUGGAGCAGAUGGCGGAGAGCGCGCUCUCCUUGCACGUGCCCCGGCAGUUCGUGAAGCUCUUGCUGGAAGAGGAUGCGGCCAGAGUGUGUGAACUGGAGGAGCUGGGGGAGCUGUCCCCUUGCUGGGAGAGCCUCCGGCGCCAGAUCGUCACCCAGUACCAGACCAUCAUCCUCACAUACCAGGAGAACCUGACCGACCUCCAUCAGUACAAAGGUCCUUCCUUUAAAGCAAGCAGUCUGAAAGCGGAUAAAAAAUUAGAAUUUGUUCCCACAAACCUACACAUACAGAGGAUGAGAGUUCAAGAUGAUGGUGGAUCAGAUCAGAACUAUGACAUCGUCACCAUCGGCGCGCCAGCAGCACACUGCCAAGGCUUUAAAUCAGGAGGUCUCCGCAAGAAGCUGCACAAAUUUGAAGAGACGAAGAAACACAGUUUUGAGGAGUGUUGUACUUCAUCUGGCUGUCAGUCCAUAAUCUACAUACCACAGGACAUUGUCAGAGCCAAGGAGAUCAUCGCCCAGAUCAAUACCCUGAAGACCCAAGUUAGUUACUACGCAGAGCGGCUCUCCAGGGCGGCCAAGGACAGGUCUGCUACUGGCCUUGAGAGGACACUCGCCAUCUUGGCAGACAAGACCCGGCAGUUGGUUACCGUCUGCGACUGCAAGCUGCUGGCCAACUCCAUCCACGGGCUGAACGCCGCGCGGCCUGACUACAUUGCCUCCAAGGCCUCCCCUACCUCGACUGAGGAGGAGCAGGUGAUGCUGAGGAACGACCAGGACACCCUGAUGGCCAAGUGGACAGGGAGAAACAGCCGAUCUUCCCUGCAGGUGGACUGGCACGAAGAGGAGUGGGAGAAGGUGUGGCUGAACGUGGACAAGAGCCUGGAGUGCAUCAUCCAGCGAGUGGACAAGCUGCUGCAGAAGGAGCGUCUGCACGGCGAGGGCUGUGAGGAUCUCUUGCCCUGCACAGGCGGCUCCACCAGCAAGAAAGGUAACCGGAACAGCCGUGCCUACUGGAUCCGACCAGAGGACCCCUUCUGCGAUGCCCCCUCCUCCAUGCCUGCUGCAUGCCAUCCUCACUCAACCACACAUUGCAGCCCCCCUCCUGAAGAGUCCAGCCCAGGUGAAUGGAGUGAGGCCCUCUACCCCCUGCUGACCACCCUCACAGACUGCGUGGCCAUGAUGAGUGACAAGGCCAAGAAGGCAAUGGUCUUCCUCCUCAUGCAAGAUGGCGCCCCCACCAUAGCCGCGUACCUGAGCCUGCAGUACCGCCGCGAUGUGGUCUUCUGCCAGACCCUGACCGCCCUCAUCUGCGGCUUCAUCAUCAAGCUGAGGAACUGCCUGCACGAUGACGGCUUCCUGCGGCAGCUCUACACCAUCGGGCUGCUGGCCCAGUUCGAGAGCCUGCUGAGCACCUACGGCGAGGAGCUGGCGAUGCUGGAGGACAUGAGCCUGGGGAUCAUGGACCUGAGAAACGUGACCUUUAAAGUCACACAGGCCACCUCUCACGCCCCCACAGACAUGCUGCCUGUCAUCACGGGAAAUCGCGACGGGUUCAACGUGCGGAUCCCACUGCCAGGCCCGCUGUUCGACGCGCUGCCCCGGGAGAUCCAGAGCGGCAUGCUGCUGCGCGUGCAGCCCGUGCUCUUCAACGUGGGCAUCAACGAGCAGCAGACGCUGGCCGAGAGGUUUGGGGACACGUCUUUGCAAGAAGUCAUCAACGUGGAGAGUCUGGUGCGAUUGAAUUCCUACUUCGAGCAGUUUAAGGAGGUUUUGCCCGAGGACUGUCUUCCUCGGUCUCGGAGUCAGACCUGCCUGCCGGAGCUGCUGCGGUUCCUGGGGCAGAACGUGCAUGCCCGGAAGAACAAGAACGUGGACAUCCUGUGGCAAGCUGCUGAGAUCUGCCGCCGGCUGAACGGAGUCCGGUUCACCAGCUGCAAGAGUGCCAAGGACCGCACGGCCAUGUCGGUGACGCUGGAGCAGUGCCUGAUCCUGCAGCACGAGCACGGCAUGGCCCCGCAGGUCUUCACGCAGGCCCUGGAGUGCAUGCGCAGCAUUGGAACACGGGAGGUAGUCACCCAGAAGAACUUGAGCGGCCUGGUGCCCAUCCGAGACUUAAGGCUAGACCCCAGCCUCCUCUGUUCCCUUCCCUUACUGGCUCUGAGCCCCAAUUUACUGAUUGUGUGGCUCUUUCUGAGCAUAGCCUACCUGGUGGCCAAAUUGCGUUGCAAAUGAAUGUUAUCCCUAUGACAAAUUUAAAGUGCCCGAGUCUGCCCAGCCACCGCAUACCUAACUGGACAGAAGGAAGGUGUCAGAGCGUGCUCUGCCAAGGAACCUCUCAAACGCUCAUGCCUUACAGUCUGGUGUUUUGUUCUUCCGAACUGUAAAUACCUGCCAAAUUAUCUCACCGAGAAGACUCGUGCAUUGCAGUCACGUAGCGUCUUAAGUGCUUGUACCAUGUUCCGACAGUGCCCUGUUACUGCAUUGUUUAGCCGGCCUGGAAUCACCUGUACCAAAUCUCUUAACCUUCUGAUGUAAAACUAUUUACUACCUGUAUAUCUCACGCGCCCUGUUUCCAACGGAAAGGAAUUCUGUCAGACAAGAAUUUGUAUAUUUGAUACUAUUCUUUUACAUGUGCUGCUAACCUUCCCCUUCCUUUCGAGGAGAAAUGAAAAGACAGAGAGAGAUGCUUUAUAACUGGCUCGUUUAGAUAAACCUCUUGAACGGGACAUGUACUUUGUGCUUUCGUUUCAAAGCGUGGUCCCUGGGUGACAGCAGCAAACAAUUUGCUUGCAGGGUCCUGACACUUCUUGCUGGGAUUUGUUCUUUCUAACCUUUCCAUCUGUGGGGAUGCCACAGAGCUGUGCAAACAGCAGCGCUCGGCACCGCCUUACGGCCGGGCACCUAGAGAGCUGUGCUGUGUGCGGCUUCAGCGUUAGCUCUUAGCUCUCGAGGGAUCGUUAGACAGAUUUUAGGAAUGAAUGUGCGUAGUAACAAAAGGCUGCUAAUGCUGUUUGCAUUUAUGUUUCUUGAAAUAGCAUCUUUCAUUUAAGAAAUUAUACCUGGGCGGGCGCUGUGGCUCACUUGGUUAAUCCUCCACCUGUGGGGCCAGCAUCCCAUAUGGGCGCCAGGUUCUAGUCCCGGUUGCUCCUCUUCCAGUCCCGCUCUCUGCUGUGGCCCAGGAAGGCAGUGGAGGAUGGCCCAAGUGCUUGGGCCCUGCACCCGCAUAGGAGACCAGGAGGAAACACCUGGCUCCUGGCUUUGGAUUGGUGCAGUGCGCCGGCCAUAGCGGCCAUUUGGGGAGUGAACCAAUGGAAGGAAGACUUCUCUCUCUGUCUCUCUCUCUCUCUCACUGUCUAUAAUUCUACCUGUCCAAAAAAAAAAGAACUUAUACCUUUCAUUUCAGAUUAAAGGCCAGGCAUCAUGUCUCUCUUGCUAACCAACUGUGGUAGAUAAUGAAACAAACAAACAAAAUCCAAGAGAAAUUACCAGCAAGUGAGGCUCAGCUCUUGGGCAGUGGUGGCAGAUGGCAAUGUGGGAGAAGGUCGCUGUGGUUCCCACGCUUGAUAUUAACCUGAUACUGGCCUCAGAAGGGGAUGCUUGCAACCUUAGCAUUGGUAUGUGACAGAGAGCCACUGUGCACCUGGAGAGUUGGGCAAAAUUCCACUCGCCUGGCUCAGAGGCUUCUGUGGCUCCCGGCACAUCUUCUGCCGCGCCUCCCUGUUCCUCCUGCGGGUUUCCCACUGUUUGCUGAAGCGCGUGUCUCUUCAGCAGUCUAGAAAAGCUGGCUCUUCCAGAAUCUCGACCCCCCAGGCACGUGCAUAAGCCCUGUCUGCCGUAAGGUCUGGCCUCUCCAAGACGUCCCGAUUCGGCCUCCGCUGAGUUGAGGAUCUAGGAUCACAGAAGCAACUGGCAAUGAAUGACAGAUGUCAGACGCUAAAGUCCGCAGCGUAAGCCGCCCUCCUUACACCCAGGAGCCCCCCCUUCUCUCUAGAGCUUUGAGCCCCGCAGGAUCCCAAGGGCAGGCGUCACCUCUGCAGGCGGGUCCUCCUAGAGUAACGAGGGGCUGUGCUGUGGCCCAGGCCCUGCUGCUCUCGCUGCAAGCCGGCUGACCGGCGGUGGUGUGGGAACAGCUUGUUAAUAGACAGGGUCCCAACCAGGCUGCAUCUCUGACAGGUGCGUUCACCACUGGCCCUCUUUCACAUCCAGGUGCACACUUCAACCCUCCAAGAUCAUUUUGUUCCUUUAUUCAGAGGACGAAAAGUAGCAUCCUAGCUGCUGAUGCCGGCCAGAGGCAGUGGCACACGUACCCGCCCGCCUCAGAAAAGGAGCAGGUGGCCAGGCAGAAACCCCUCCCCCAGGGCCCAGGGUGCUCUGUGGCACUCUCCAGGGGCUCCUGCCAGGACCCCACCCUACAGCAGAGGGGAGGCGUGGCCAGGCCCCAGGGGCCUCCAGGACACCACAGUCUGACCCGCGGCUGCCUUCCUGUCCUGUGUAGACUUGGCUAUAGGGCCGAGAAAGAUCCAAGACGCCGGGAGAGGGGAUCGGCUCCUUGGUGUCUGUCCUGCGGGGCCGGGCACAAGGCAGCACAUGGCGCCCUGCCUGUGUGGUUAGGGGCGUGGGAGGGCCAGCACUAGGAGGGACUCCAGGAAGUCAGCCCGGAGAUGCGGGGGUGUUGUCCCUCCCCCCCCUUAAAACAGCUGAGAAGAGAAACUCAGUAUCCUCACUCCUUGUGCUGGGUUUCAGUGUCACCAAGGCCUCUUUUCAUGAGAUGAGGCCCAAUACAUAAUUUGAAAUCAUGUCUGCUUCAGCAAGAAAUAGGAUGGAACAGGAGGAGAUGAUUCAAGAAAGGAGAGACAGGGGCUGGCAUUGUGGCACAGCGGGUUAAGCCACCGCUUGUGACACCAGCAUCCCAUAUCGGAGCCCUGGCUGGAUUCCAGCCCGCUCCAUUUCUGAUGCAGCUCCCUGCUUAUGCACCUGGGAAGGCAGCGGAAGAGGCCCAAGUACUUGGGCCCCUGCCACCCAUAUGGGCGACCAGGGUGGAGUUCCCGCCUCCUGGCUUCUACCUGGCCCAGCCCUGGCCAUUGUGGCCGUUUGGCCAGUGAACCACCAGAUGAAAGAUAACAUGCAGGCUCUUUUGCUCCCUCUCUGUGUCACUCUGUCUUUCAAAUGAAACAAAUCUCAACAAACAAAAAAGCCAACAGAGUGAGUGGGGAGGAGACACCUUUGGUGCUGGCUCUGGGUUGCCUCUGAAGUGACGGCGUGCUGUGGCACUGUGGAGGCCCCCAGCCCUGGGUGUUCCAUCCGCGUCUGUCUCUGAAGUUAGGAAAGCCACUAUCAGAGCCGCUCUCUUUGGCCAGUCCUGUAGAAAUCAUCGUGCCACUUAACUCUGUUCAACUCGUGUGACAGUCCCUGUUUACUCUGUGGCUUGGUUCCAGGAGAGGUCUUAAUGCAAUGGCAUGUUCUCCCUGCCGAAGGGACCGGGGAGGCAGCCACCGCCCAGGUCUGCCGGCCUCCACGUGCGCUCCAAGUGGAAAGGGAAAACCAGCGGUUUCCUGAAUCAGUUGUCCUUUGGGCUUUCCAUUGCAAGCUUCAUUUCAAAAGCAGACAUCCUUGAAAGUAAAGUACAUGCAUACAGUGUAGCUUCAAAAUAGUUAGAUCUCUCUUGCCAAAAUCUGUCCAAGACCUUCUCCACGCUGACUCCUAAAAACCAUGCAGCCAGUUACAGUGGGGACCGUCAGUCCCCGCAGGGCCCCUGGCCACCUCUGCACGCCUUCUCCCCAGCCCUACUGCCCGCCUGUCCAACUCUGCAGACCAUGUGACGGGUGUCUGCCUGGGAAUCAGCCAGAGCAGCCAGCUUUUGUAAACUCAGACUCUGGAUUUAAAAGUACAAUUUAGUUUAACAGCUAAAUUGAAAACCAAAGUUUUAUGAUUAUAAUUCCAAUGACAGUGUUUUCAGCCGGCUAAUCCAGGCUCCGGCUCCUUCCACACGUAAACAGGAGAGAAUGUGAAAGUCCACUGGUGGCCUUCCUUGCUCCUCGAAGCACCUGGGCAUCCUCUAGUGACAGCUGGUCUUCGAGAAGUGUGUGCAUUCCGUUUGAUCUUAGCCAAAAGGCCGAGAAGCGGUAGCUUGUGCGUUUCUGUGUUAAGUGGAGAAGCCAUAUCUAUUCCAUUCCAUUAAUGGGAGAGCUUCCAAAGAUGAAAGCGAUGAACUGUGCCUGGGAACCUAGAGUUUCUGUUUUAAACAGGAUCGCAUUUGGGUCUGGUUCCCGAACGUUAGACGCUCACUGAGACCCUGCUCACUGGGUCUGUGCGGAGCUCGGGACACACAUCCGGCCGAGGGCUGCGGCCGAGCUGAGUUACUGCAUUCAUUAAUACAACCAGGUGGAUAUUUUUCUAAAAUACCGGAGCUUAUCUUUUGAAUAAAAAUGACUGUCUUACCAAAAAUACCUUAUGUAUUCUUGAUACCGAGAUUGUCAUUUUCACUUUAAAAGGCUUCAGCAAUUGCUACUAUUUUUUUUAAUGCAUGACAUAAUGGUCUUCAUGCAAUUGGACAUAUUUUUUUAAAAUCACUGUUUCUUGAUAGCUGCAAAAUUUGCAUAUAAGGGGGGGUUUUGUACUGAAUUUGAUAACUAGUCGACUUCAUUGCUAGUUUGAGACUAUAAAACACGUUGUGGCGUGCCGUCAGAAGUCGGUCCGACGUAAGACUGCUGCUGCCCGUUACUCUCCUGUCUACACCGCAGCGUUGCGCGACAGCUUUGUGAUGCUGUCACUGAGAACGUGAGGCCGGCCUGGGUGCUCUUCCUCUCCUGUGCGUGUGUUUCACCCACUGGGCUGCCAGGAAAACCCUCCGUCAGACGUCCUUGCUGGCGAUGAUGCUGGUGGCCGGUUGUCUGGUGGCAGGGCACCCGUCUCACAGGCACUUGUUCAAGAGCGACACAGCGAGGGCACCCCCCUGGAGAACAGUGGCUGGCUUCCAGCUGGAGGCCACUGCACCAGCCCUGGUAGCCGAGCACAACGCUUGGGCCGUGGGGCUGAUUUGCCCCGGAACAGGUGGAGCACGCAGGCCAGCAGAGCCACUCCUGCCCAGGGCUGUGGCCAGGAACAGCCAGCGUUCUGAACCAGGUGUGGUUAUUUUUCUAACACUGAAAGAUUCAGCUCUUUAUUUUGCUGUGUCCCCCCCCACCCUUGGCGCUCCAAGUUGUGAUAGAACCUCAGAUACCUGGACGUGAAUGAGAUACACAAACUCGGGAACGUAACGCCAGUUUGGAAAUGCACACGGCCCCAGCCAGCAUGCGUCGGUGUCUGUGCUCCCUACCCAUUGGCCUUGGUCAGGAGCCCGCCAUCUUGCAUGUGUAUUUGUUGUGAACAAGUCUGGCCACCCAUUUAAAUGAAUCCGUCCCCACCCCCUUUUUUUUAAUGCUAUGAAAAUGAUCAGUUCAUUUCAUCUUAGUUUUUAAGUCUUUUCCUUUUUUACUGCUGUCAUUUCUUGUGCUUGUUUUUUCCCAGUGAGGGUUGUCGAAGAGAAAAUACAAUGAAGAAUGUUGGAAGUCGCAAAUAUGCGUUUAAUUCCCUGCAGCUGAAGGCUUUCCCCAAGCAUUACAGGCCUCCCGAAGGGACUUACGGCAAGGUUGAGACUUGAACACCCGCUGUCCUCUAAUUAGCGGCUCCAUAACACACGUGGGGGCCCCUAGUGUCCUACAUGCGUUCUUCAAGAAGACCCGAAGGAUUGAGUUAUAUUUUUGUGUUUUCUAAAAACUAGCUCACUGAAGAGUCCAUGGAGCAUGUUUGUUUUCCCUUUCCGUUGGCAUCCAUAGGGGGUCACGUCUGGCCCGGUAGCGUGGAUGGAGACCGCCCGUGUCAGUAGCCCUCAGCUGUACCCAUAGGCGCCGUCCCCAGGCGCUGCCGACCCAAGCUAGCUUUGUCUGAGAUGCUACGAGACGUUUUCAGGUGUCCACUUAGGAACCGCUCACCUACCUUAUUUUUCUACCGAGUCACCGAGAGUGAGCAUCGAGUUCCAAUCUACUUUUUACAGAUCUGAAUGUAAAACAGCAAAGGCUCCCGUCAGCGAUCGCUCCCUAGGCAGACCCAGCCGUGGCGACCACUCCCGUUUCGGAGAAGGCACGCGCGCCUUCUCCAGAUGUCGAGUGCCAUCGCUCCAGGACCUCACGUGUGGCCUGUCUGAGAGACACCACCCCGGGGUCGGGGGUAGGGGGAUUCGUGACUGUAGAGUUAGCGGGAACCUACGUACUUUCCGAAUAAGUGUUCUUUUGCAGGGUUUCCAAUCUAUAUUACUCUAAGACACAGUACAAUCACGUUGGAAUGUCUGAUAAAGGUAUCUUAUUUUUAGGUUUGCAUAAUUGUGACUCUCCCCUUCUUGUUCUGUUAUGUGAGAUGGCUACUGAGACCCAGUUAAAGUGAUCUCCUCAAAUGAGAUUGCGAAAGGGAUUUAUGGGCCACUGUGUCUGGACACGGUGUUGAUGACGAGUCAGCUGCACACAGCAGGAGUUUCUGUGUUUGAUCAGUCCUGUGUAUCAUGACGAUGUUUACAUGUUAUUUAAGAGGCUGUAAAAGAAACAGAUGGUGGCGCAUGUCAACGCUGAUGACCCAGUGAUGUGUGAAGCUGUUGGAAAUUCGCAUGUCGGAAAGCCCAGACAUAUGAGCUCCGUAAUAAACUCGCGGCACACUUGAGCCUGGGGUGCUGAGAUGCGGGCUGGUCCGCUCCCGAGCAGGAACACGGAAGGGCAUGGGGUAGGGCGGGACUCCGUGCCCUUCCGCGUCCCUUCCUGCGCAGAGCCCACCUCUCCAGCUGCCCGAUGCCAGCAGGUGAACUGCUGGGGAGGGGGCUUUCAUGAGGCCUCCCUCGGAGCUGGCACCUUGUGUGGGGGGCUGGGGCAGAGGCAUUUGCCCUCUGCACCGCUGCCCAGGCGGCUGCUUUGGAGCCAGAAGUCUCCUUUUCGAUGUGACCGAUUCAGCCACUCCCCUCCCCACCGUUUCAUUGAAUUUGUUUUUUUUGUGGCAUCUUUUUUUCAUUUUACCAUCACUACCAUUUUUUUAAAGCUCCUCGUUUUUUUUUUUUUUUAAGUUUUUUUUAAAACUGAGUUUGUUACCCAUGUUGUUUUCCAAACCUUUUUGUCUCGAUUGCAUUAAAUAUCUGCAUCUGUCAAAGGGAACAGGACAAACGGCGAGGCGCCCCCCCCCCCCCCAGCCGUGUGCGCGCAGCACCUCCGUGCGGGUUAUUUGCCCCACGGUGACUUCCGGUUACGGGUCCCUGUAGAACUCUAAGGUUUGGCUCGUCACGGAGGAAAGGCGCGGCUUUCAGCGUUCUCUCUGGAGGCACCUGCUGGGGCGAGGGGCACAGCCUGGGGAGCUUGGGGUUUGCAGCUGUGGGAGGGCUGUGGUUUUCCAAAACCAAGUUUGCAUCCAGUGCUCCUGGCCAGGCCCUGCCCCCAGCCCCGAGUAAAGACACGUGGGCGGCGGGGGUGCUGGCCGAGUCCCGUUCGUGUCCUGUACAGAUGUAAACAUACUGUAUCAUACGGCCGCGUCCCUACGCAGUUCUAUCUGCCAAGCCUAGUGCAUAUCAAUACUUUUAUUUAUUUGUUUGGGGCAGUAUUAAUAUAUAUAUAAACAUAUAGUUACUGUUUUCUAUAUUCUUAGCUCAUUCAAAGCCAUGUAUGCUGUAAAUGUGCUAGUCUCUAGAAUGACAAAUAAUAAAUAACUGACAACACUGAA